AUGGAAAGGCCAGCUUUUCUGAGCCAAAAAGCACCACCCAAUUAUGUGGCUGGUGUAGGACGCGGGGCUACUGGUUUUACUACUCGCUCUGACAUUGGAUCUGGCAAAAUUCCCAGCAGGUUGCAAGAUAAAGACCAGAAUCGCAGUGCAGGAGAUGGUGACGAAGUGGACGAUGAACCACUCAGGAAUCGCGGCAAUGCUUUUUUAGACUCGUUUGGUAUGUCUUUAGCGUCAGGAAAAGUCGAUGAUGAGGACGACGAGGCGGAUCGGAUCUUCAAAAGUAUUGACGAGAGCAUAUCCUCAAGAAAUAAAGCAAAGGCCAAAAUCGAUGAUACUACGAAUACCAGGAUAAAUGACAUUUCCGGGCAGUUUCAGGAUUUAAAACGAUCUUUGGCCACUGUGAGCGAUGCCCAAUGGGAAAAUAUACCGGAAGCUGGCGACAUCACGCGUCGAAACAAGCGCCAGAGACUUGAAAUGCAAAGUGGAAGAAAAACGUAUGCAGCGCCAGAUGCGCUUGUAGCUGGCAACGUGAACCUGACGAAACUAACCGAAGAGCGUGAGAAACUCCUGGGUCUUCAAAUAGACGAAAAUUUACCACAAAACACGGGCGAUGCAACUAUAGAAGAUCAGGAUGAAUUGAAAGCUUUACUUGCCGGAACUGAGGAUCCGGCUGUUUUCGCAAACUACAAUGAUCAAGUCGAAGAUGUUAAGAAAAUGAGACUCAUUCUCAAUUCUUAUCGCAAAUCCGAUCCUAAAAAGCCCCAGGGCUGGAUUGCAUGUGCUCGACUAGAGGAAAAAGCCCGCAGAUUCCGCAUCGCAAAAUCCCUAAUCGAGGAAGGACUUCAGCAUUGUCCCAGGGACGAAGAUAUUUGGCUCGAAUGUCUUCGCUUGAAUGCAGUCGACAAUGAAUACUGUAAAAAUUUGGUCGCGGAUGGCAUCAGUUUCAACCAAAAAAGUCUACGUCUUUGGCUGAAAGCCAUUGAGUUAGAGAAGGAGACGAUUAAUAAAGUAAGAGUGCUUCGAAAAGCGAUUCGCAAUUUACCAGAAUGCGAACAACUAUGGAAAAUGGCAGUUGAGUACGAGGAUCAGAAGGAUCAAGCAAUUCAAAUUUUGAUGAAAGCCGUAGAAGUGAUACCCAACAGUAUUGAUCUUCUUUUUGCUCUGGUAAAUUUACAAGAGCAUUCUGCUGCGAGGAAAACCCUCAACGAGGCCAGGAAACGAUUGCCCACAGAGGCCAAAAUAUGGGUUCUGGCAGCACAACUGGAAGAGAGGUCUCAGUUUUCUUCGUUCGAUAAACUAACUAAGCUUCUCAUAAAAGGUAUUAAAGAAGUUGCCUCGCAGGGUCAAACUAUGUCAUUUCAAGAUUGGAUAGCACUCGCGGAAGCUACCGAGACGGAAUUUGGCCAAAUUUAUUUGCAGACUGUGCGGGCAAUUGUACGCGCUGCUACUUUAACAUUUGACAAACAGGUCGCAUACGACUCCGUUGUCCGACUCGUUGAACGCCUAAGUGAUGAGCUGUGGAUAACAAAAGGAUCUCUUUAUCACAGUAUUUUGACAGAAAAUCCCGGGAAGCUAAAGCUCUGGAGGAAAUUCAUAGAUUUCUCGCGAGACGUUGACAAAAUGGACGAUGUUUACAGAAUCUUUGACGAAGUACUUUUCGGAUCGGAUCAAAGCAAUAUCUAUAACAACGCUGUCCUCGUUUUAAUGUACUCUAAAGAGCUAUGGAAAAACGGCGGGAACGCAGAAACUGCACUUCAAGUUUUAAAUCGUGGUCUAGAAGUCUCUCAAAACGUAGACUUCUGGUUAGCUAAAACGAAAUUGCUGGCGUGCGAGAAAAGAUACCAAGAAGCAGAGACGACUUUUGAAUUUGCCAUCGAACAAACAGAAACCCACGCCUCACAGGGCAUCGAAAGAUUGUAUUAUCGUCAUGUCAGUUUUCUCAGGUUUAUGAAAGAACAAGACAAAUGUUUUCGGUUACUGGAACAACGAUACAUCCCAAAACGGCCCACUUGUGAGAAACUGUAUCUCCAAUUGGGACAAAUAUACUGCGAAAGGAAAGAUUACCAACGAGCAAGCGAAAGCUAUUCCAGGGGAUAUCAGAGGAUUCCGUCGAGUAUUCACCUAUGCAUUGCGGUCGCCGAAAUCGAGGAAAUGCGUCUCAAUCAGCCAACCAUCGCUCGAUCAAAAUUGGACCUUGCAAUGUUGAAAAUUCCAAAUUCGCCAGAACUCCAUGUCGCCAAAGCGCGAAUGGAAAGCAGGCUUUAUAACCAGUCCCAGGCAGCGUUAAUCGUUAUCGAAGCUUUAAAGCGGUUCCCGACGAAUGCGGCACUAUGGGUCGAAAACCUAAAGCUUGUGACCAAGAAAAGUCUGCGAAGAACAAUGUUCCAAGAAGCUCUAAAGAAGACAAGCAACGACUACCGAGUUCUUCAUGAAAUUGGGCUAAACUUUUACAAAGAUGCCCAAUACGAAAAAGCGGUCAAAUGGUUCGACCGCGUAACACAGUCAAACUUAUUAUUCGGCGAUUCUUGGCUAUACCUUUACAAGUGCUACAAAAGAUUGCAAAAGGACACAAGUUCGCUUAUCAAGAAGAUCAAUCAAUGCGAGCCCAGGUAUGGCUCAGAAUGGAUAAGGGUUGCUAAAGACGUUAGAUUUCAAUUCCUGAAGCCUUCCGAAAUGCUCGAAACAUGGAUAUCACAUAAUGGCGGAAGGUCACGUGACUAG